AUGACGACGCCAGAGAUUGAGCACGAGAAUGCCCCCACUGUCGACGAAAUCAACACAUCGGUGACGGAGCCGGCCAGCGAGAAGAAGCCUGCAGCCAAGGGUCGGAAAGCGAAGAAAGUUAAGGAAGUGAAGGAGAAGAAGGCUCCUGCUGCGGCUCCGAAGAAGAGAACCGUCUCUACUCAUCCAACUUACGAAGAGAUGAUUAAGGAUGCUAUCGUCACGUUGAAGGAGAGGACUGGAUCUAGCCAAUACGCGAUUCAGAAGUUCAUCGAGGAGAAGCACAAGGAGCUUACGCCUUCAUUCAGAAAGCUGUUGCUUCUCAAUCUGAAGAGGCUCGUUGCUUCCGGAAAGCUUGUCAAGGUCAAAGCAUCCUUUAAGAUUCCGUCUGCCAAGCCUUCAUCUCCGAAGGCGGCGGCGACAGCUGCUCCGGCGAAGAAGAAGCCUACUGCAGCGGCGGUUUCCAAGUCGAAGGGGAAGGUUACUGCGGCUUCCAAAUCUAAGGUAGCCAAGGUGUCUAAGAAAUCGUCGGCGGCUAAACCCAAGACAGCCGCUGCUCGGAAGCCGAAAGUGAGUGCGAAGCCCAAGGCCGCUGUUGCCCCCAAGAAGAAAGCUGUCGCUGCGAAGCCCAAGGCCAAGGAGAGACCAGCCAAGGCAGCCAAAACAUCUAAGGUAACAUCUCCAGGGAAGAAGGCCCCGGUGAAGAAAGCUGCGCUGGCGACUAAAAAGAAGGCCCCGGUGAAGAAGAUUGUGAAGCCUAAGACGGUCAAGUCUCCAGCGAAGAGGGUUUCGUCAAGGGGGAAGAAGUGA